CACACUUCAAAUUAAAUCAAGUUUUGCCAUUUCUAUGUACAUGAGGUAAACUCUUCUUUUGAAAAAGAAAAGGGAACGCUUGCGAUUAUUUCCGCUCUAAUUGGUGUAAUUUACAAAGUUAACUUCUUUUAAACGAUUAAAAUGUCACGAUAUGAUUUUAAUCGUGAUCCUUGUCCAUGGGUAAUACUAAAUGAUACUGGAGGCGCGUUCGCAAUGGGGGCUAUUGGUGGUGGUAUAUGGCAUUUUGUCAAAGGAGCGAAAAAUUCACCAAAGGGAGAACGAAUAAUCGGUGCAAUUACAGCUGUAAAAGCUCGUUCACCCGUUUUAGGUGGUAAUUUUGCCGUAUGGGGAGGAUUAUUUUCAACAUUUGAUUGUGCAUUAAAAGGAAUAAGACAAAAGGAGGAUCCAUGGAAUUUAAUCGCAAGUGGUUUUCUCACCGGUGGUUUUUUAGCUGCUAGAGGUGGUAUUGGUGCAGCAACGAGAUCUGCUUGCUUUGGUGCUUGUGUCUUGGCAAUAAUCGAAGGUGUAACAUUUGCCACCGGUAGAUUUACGUCUCCACCGCCAGUAAUGCAGGUUCCUGAUAUACGACCACAAUCUCCAAAUCCCCAAUGAUAUAGACAGUAUACAUAUAUUAAAAAAGACAUUUUUAUUCGAACGAGCCAUUCCCUAUAAAAAAAAUGUUUGGUUAUACACUUAUUUAAGACUAUAAUAAUUCUUAGUCAAUGAAUAAUGAUGUAAUCCAAUUAAAAGUAAUCUGAUAAAAAAAUUAUAUAUAUAUAAAAACUUUCAAUUCACUUAGAUAUUAUAUAUAAUUCAAAACUUCCUCAACUC